AUGGUGAAAUUCAUAGUGGCAAACUUUGUCUUGGUAUUGCUUGUGUCAACAAGUAGAGGUCAGUCAAUUUUUGAUGUGACAAAAGAAGGUGCAAGGAUUGGAGCUGAUAUCAACCAGGCUUUAACCAGAUCGUGGAACAAAGCAUGUGCGUCAACUAUUCCAAGCAAAGUGUUUAUUCCAAAGGGGAUAUUCUUGUUAAGUCCUGUGACUUUUGAAGGUCCAUGCAAAGCUGCUAUUGAGGUUGCAGUUCAAGGCACCCUUAAGGCCUUAACUGAUAGCAAAGUGACGAAGGAUGGAAGUUGGAUUACUUUCCAACGUAUCCAACACUUCACAUUGUCAGGUGGUGGAACUUUCGAUGGCCAAGGAGCCUCUGCUUGGGGUACUUGUGGCGAAAACUUUUGCAAACAACUUCCCAUUGUUUUUUCAGUUUUUCAUAUCCCCAUAUCCCCCCUUGUCAAAAUGGAAGCUAAGCCUUUAAUGAAAAAUUAUGGGUUUUUUGUUGAAGUUAAAUCAAAUAAGCCUUUGAUCUGUAAAGUUAAGUUUGUGAAACUCGUUAAACUAUUGAUGCAAAUCAUUUAA